GACUGCAUGGCGUGGAAAAUGGCGGCGUAAACUUUUAAAAACAUAAACAUCAAAUGACAAUUCUCACUUGAACAGAAUAAUAAUAAUUAUAACUGCGAAAUGGCCGCACUGUUGAAGAGUGCUGCGGUUGCCUCUAUAAACAGGGGUCAACCAAGUUCUUUCUACAGCAAGGACAAAACAAAUCCAGUUUUCCAGUCGCUGGACCAAGAAAUCAAAAAGUUUAUGGGUUAUAUGCGUAAACGAAAUAGCCCUGGCUACAAAAAGCCUGCAGACGAACCUUCUUCUAGAGCGUCAGACACCCUGUUUGAAUUGUGGAACAAAUAUGAACCAAAGCUACCAGAGAUUUACUACCAGGAAAAAUUGCUGCAAAUGGGCGAUUUUCUGAUGACUGUUCGGGAAUACAGUUUAGCAUUAUGGCAGUGUUAUGACAGAUAUCUUUUACAUUUUGGUAACAUCAAUGUGGAAGAGAUUACUGAUGUUGAUAUAUUUAGAAUGACAUUUUUUCCAGAAGGUUUUGAUAGUGAGAAUGCUGGAUUGACAUUUCGAGCAUUAAUGGGGAAAAGUAUCAGCAUGUACCAAACAGUUCGUAUGGUUGAUCCCAAACUUCAAAAUACACAGUCAACAGACAAAUGUGUACAUAUACUGUCUUUUCUUAGACUUGUGAUGCAGGUUGUAUUGCCAAAGGAAUCUUUAUGUUGGCUUGUUUACAAUGGUACCAUCCAUAUUUACAGUAUAUCUAGACAUCUGAUGUCCCUUGGUCAUUCAGCUAGGGUUUUAGAAUUCCUGUUAUGGGCAUGUAUGUGUAUGGAGACGUCUGUCCCACUGCUGUCUGUCAAAUAUUUACCAUGGAGAUCAACACUUUACACAGCUGUUUGCCAGUCUUAUUUUGAUUGUAAAGCAUCACAUCAUGCUGAGGCAUUUGCAAGAAGAGGAUUAGCCAAAAUCAAUGAAUUGAACAAAUUAGAAAGUUUAAGCAGUGCAUCUGAAAGUGCUGAUUCAGCAGAAUCCUUCAGACAUGCCACAGUUAAGAUGGCAGUUAUGGUAUUCAAACGGUCUGUGUAUGAAACAAGAAGAAAACCAAAAGAAUGGUUGAGACCAAAGACCAGAGCUAACUUGGUAGAGGCAAAAAACAUGCCAUGGCCUAGAACACCAACUGAGAGAUUAUUAGCUGAUAUGUUUGAAGGAAGUGCUUCCCAGUUUCUGUGCAUUCUAGAAUCCCUGAAUGAUACAAAUCGUCGUAUCUUACUAACAUCCCCACCAGCUGCUGAUAGAGAAGUAGAAAUCCUUGAUGUAUAUGCUGAAUUAUUUAUGUCUGGACAAGAGAUCUUAGCAGGAGGUGGUGGAUUGAGAGGAGCCUCAAUAAAACCACAGAGUCCCUAUCACCUCCCAGCGUUAGCCGGAGUAGUGUCAGAUAGGUCAUUGAUAGCAAUGGCUACUAAAGGAGAGGAUGGAGCUACUAUUGAUGGGGCUAUAAAACUUGUCAAGAUGGCCUUCUGUUUCGAGCAGUGGGAUGUAUUUGAUGCAUUGAUUGAAAGUGUCUUGGGAUAUCUAAGGCUAAUAGGUGAGGAAAAAUAUUCCUGGGAUGAAAAAGCUUUAGAACUGCUCCUAGCAUUUGAGAAAUUAAACCCAAGUAGACGUCACAAGCGAACAGUAACAUCAAUUGUUGAAGAUGAUAAAGAUACAAGCAAAGAUAGAGAAACCAAGGACACCAGUCACUCAUUUAAAGAUCAUGAAAGUGCAUUUGGUGGAACUGGCACAGGGAUUACACAGCAAGUACCAUCUUCAAGGUCAAUGAAUGUCAAUGAUGAAAUGAUACUUGCAGCCGAGUGUCUUCUGUCUGUGAUCAAUGGACCUUUUCAGCCUUCUGGAAUUGAAGUAGACAUUAUCGUAGAUGCUGCCCUGAUUCUCUGGAAUAAGACAAAGAAUGUAUUCCAGAAACACCAGACAGGUUCUAGUGACAACCCUAAGUACCUGACUAAAAUGGAAAACCCUAGUAAAUGGGUGUUUCUACUGGAUGUUGUACACAAGGCUUUGUGUUGGUGUGGUAUUAGUAGUGUGGACCCUGCACUUACUGCUGAGGUUGUUCUUAGAUUGGCUCUGGUACUAGAGAGUAGUGCUAAUAUUGAUGAAGGUGAUCCUGGUGGAAUUAAGGAGUCAUCAUUUUCUGACACCCAGCCUACAGAUGGCAGUCAGCUUUUGGUCAGUCGAACAUCCAUGUUAUCUAUGUCAAUGAUCAACAUGAAUCCACGUAACCAGCUCCUCCAGGCUCGCGACAUACUAGAGUUAGGAUUACAGAAUGUUGCAUAUGCCAGAAAAGCUAGUGCUAAGCAAGAUGGCACAAGCAUAGCUGAUGUGUCAUGGGCUAAGCUUGACACUGAAAUGGAAAAAUGUCCCACUAUGAUUAGGGACGAUAUAGAAAUACAAAGUAUAGCUGGCAGUAAUGCCAGUUCUCUAGAUUUGAAUGAAGAUGUUUUCACACCAGACCCUCAGACAAGAGAGAAUACAAAAAUAACAGAUACGAAAGAAGAGGAAGCGCCAGGACCAAGAACAAGGGAACCAACCACAAUGACCGAAGCAAAAGACGAGGAUGCUCAAGCCAGCAAAAUGGACUUGAUACCAGAGAGUAUGAGAGGCUCUGCCAUGGCAGUAUGGAAUACAAUUAAAGAUCUCCAUUUGGAACUCAUCUUGAUGUAUCAUAGGGUCAGCAUUAAACUGACCAGUCUGGCCCCUGAACCAGCACCUAAGAGUAAUCAGCCAUUUAAAAGGAGAACCUGUUCCAAAAUGGAAUAUGGAGAGGGUGGAGAAAUGAUGAGUAGUUAUGUAGAGAACUAUGAAGAACUGUUAACCAGAUGUAAUAGAAACCAGUUAUCUAAAUCUCUCCUGCUGAUGCAGAGGUCACUGUUACUGAGUGAUGGUGUAGGAUAUACAAAAGAACAGAAAAAACUUCUAGAGGAUGCCGUAGCAUGUAUACAGAAAGCUCAGACUGAGGAGAAAAUGAUAUUCACAGUCAAUAAUGCUGUAGUUACUGAUCCUAAACCUACCAAAGUACCAACAGCACCUAUACUUCUGUGUAGAACAGAUACCAUGAUGAUAUUUAAACCUUCACCUUUCAAAUCUGAGGAUGGACAACAGGUUUCAUGGUACAAGUUGUUUGCAAGGUCAUCAUCUGGAAGUAAUGUGAAAGUGAGGCUCAAUGAUUAUUUCUUGCCAGGAACUGGAGAAUCUGUGCCAAGCAACCAAUCAGAGCUAAGAGUAUCAGGUUUGAAACCAGAUGAGAAGUAUGUUUUUGCCGUAGCAGCUUAUAAUGGUGAUGGACAGAUCAUAGGAGGUGGUAUAGGAGAUAGCUCUAAACCAAUCUUAGCAUCAAGUCCACUACCUGUACUGAUGACCUGGGCUUUCCUUAGUCAGAUUGCCUACCAGGUUGGAUGUUAUGACAUAGCUAAACAGGCCUGUAAUGUUUUAUGGGACCAUUUCAUUGCUGAGCCUCCAGAACCACAGAAAGUGACCUACAAUACACAGUCAGAGGGAGCCUUUGCUAUAGAUCUGAUGAAAUUAAACCAGAAAGUAGUAUGCCUGACUUCUCCUGUAUUGUUACGACAGUUCCUGACCAGUAUCUUCAUCAAUGUAGAUAUAGCUGUCAGAGAGGGACAACUUUUCUGUGAUGUCAUCAAUGAUCGAGGACCUUUACUGAAAGGACAAUUGAGAAGACUAAAGGAGUGUGAGAAAAUGAUUGUAGCUAUAGAAAUGGCUGGAUGGCUGAAUGAAGCAAACUUAGCUCUACAAGGUGUUGUACAGUGUUAUGGACUGCUAGCUCCUCUAAUAUUCUACAAGAUACCGUCAGUGGCUGUAAUCCAGGUACUUCAAAGAUGCCAUGCUGUACUUCAAGAAAUACCUACUGGUUUGCGUCAAAAGAGACAACAGAAUAUAGCUGAUAGUUUACAUCACAUGACAGCCUGCAUCACAUAUCACAUGGCCAAGGUAUUGAGGUCAUGGGGACAAAAAGGUUUAGCCAACAACUUUAAUGAAGCUGGAAAGAAACUACUUGCUUUAGAAGUAACUGAAGAUGAGAAGAAGGAUAGAAAGAACAAGGACCAGAAAGAACAGCCAGAUAGUCCAGAUAAAGAUAGACCAAUUGACCAGUCUAUUGGGGACAAUGAAGCGGAAUCUGCUCCUCUGGCUAAGAUGAAGAAAAAGAUGAAGAAGGCCCCUGGGGCUGGCAAGGAUGACCAAGAUUCAGUCAUGAACGAGGAACUAAAGGCUCUUGUCGCUCAUAUGUAUAGCCUUUCUAAACAGACUGAGUAUGAAACAGAGGUGGUUUUUGUUGAAGAGGCACAUUAUGAACAUGAAUUGACUGGCUUUGAAGAUCCUGUUGUCUUACAUGCCUACAUUGCUUACCUGCCAAGUAAAUUGGCUUACAGAGAAGUUGUGAAAUUCAGGAAGCGACCAAAGUAUUUAGAAUACUUUGUACAAGUUGCUCAGAAAGCAUUAACAGAAGGAUUGUAUACUCAACUUGUAGAUUGGUGUGAAGAAACUACUAAUUCUCUCACAAGGAGAAAUGAACAUUACCUUGGGAUAAAACAACAAGGACAAACAGGAUCACAGGAGGACCCUAAAAGGUUUGCUGUAGCUAUGGCAGAAUAUAGCAAAGAAAAGGAAGGAGCAGGAGCUACUGCAGCAUCUAAACAGUCCAAGAUGGUGUCACAGGCUGGUACUUCUAAAGCUGCUUCUCAGAUGGCGGGCUCUAAAGCUUCACAACUUCCUAAACAGUCUCCUAAUAAAGCUAAGAAAAGAAUGAAAUACAAGCCAAUGGCAUCCACUGCUAGAAUAGCCAAUGAUGUUCUGAGACAGGCUCAAGAAGAAGCAGAAGUUAAGGCAAUUGAUACCUGCUCCAAAUAUUUCCCUGAAAUCUUCAGGAUGUCAGUAAAGAGGAAGAAGCUGAGGAGGUGGUGUAUGGAUGAGAUGCCAUGGCGAUGUCAGAUGUCAUUGAUACAAGGACUGAGUCACUUUUCCAACUUCCUGCACAAGCUUGAGACCAGAGAUAAGAUGAUGGGAGCAUACAGUAGUAAUUUAUACAAGACUAAUUUCCUAGACCAAGAAUGGUUUACUUUUGAGACGUCUGGUACCCUUAUUGUUGGCUGGGAAGGGGGACCAUCCAGGAAUGUUGAGCUCUCUAAGAAAGAUCAGAAAGAACUACAGAGGGUAAUGAAGGCCAGCAGGGAGGACCGUGUAUAUGAAAGUCUAGACCUAGCUGAUGAGAGACCAAGGACUACAGCUACUGGCAUUGAAAUAGCAGCUGCCCUAGCUACUGGUGCUCCUCCCCCACAAAUGUACUUCUUCCCACCAGAGCAGGAGGACACACCUAGGACAUAUAGAUCUGAAGCCAGUAAUGCAGACCCUCCUAAGGUUCAGCCUAAGAACACUGAUACGCUGAUACUGUCAACUAAAGUUACACUGGAAUCUAUGAAGAAAUCAUUUGCAUUCUUCAACAGAGCUAUUGUACUAGCCCAUAGAGGACAGCAUUGGACAUUACUACAGAAUUCCUGUCGUGCUUUAUGGAAUUGUGCCCACACAGCUUUACUGAGAGCUGUCAGUUCUCAGCCUGGAGGAGAGGAAGGACUGGUGACCAUUGACGAACUUAGAGGUCUGGUCUGGAUGCCAAUGUACAUGGCUGCAGACAGUAUUCUGGAUAUGAUGGUCCAAUUCCAAAAUGUUCUGGAAGCUCAAGCAUUUAAGGCAAAAAAGAAAGCAACAAAGUUGGGAGAUUAUUUUGAAUCAUGGACAGGGGACAUUAAAAAUGAGAAGGGAGGAGCUAAUUUAAAGCAUGAAAAUCCAUUGGAUGAUAUGAGUUCAUUAGACAUUCGUUGGGUGAAGCGUUUGAUUCUCCGUGUGAUAGAAUUACUGUAUUAUGAACAGAAGUGGGAGAAGUUGGUAGACAUUGCCCUUAGGUUUAGUGCUCUCACAAAUGAUCGUUAUGGUGAACAAAUUAUUCCUAUACUUGUACAAGCCCAGAGACAACUACAGAGGAAAAUAAAGAGCUUGAAGGGUGAAGGACCACCACAAUCACACUAUCUGUCAUUAAUGCAGAAAAUUGGAGGUAUAGUGACUGCUAAGGACUAUCUACAUGCCCAGCUACUGACACAUAUAGACAAAUCUAACUUGUCUAAAAUAUCUCCUGGAGCACAGAUUGAUCCCAUGGGACAUGGAGUCUACACAAGUAAAGAUGGACAAAGAGUAGUAUCUGUACCACUGGACAUUCCACACAGUCUACAGACAUUGAGAGAUGUAUUAGAUAAGUCACAGUACACCAGUAGGGCACUACAGCACAGUCGUAAACUGUUAAUGUUAUAUCUGGCUGGACAGCAAUUAAAUUCAGGUGAUGGUUUUCUGAGUAGACAAGUAUCCAAAGUAGAAUUCCAGCCAAACACUGCCAGACCUCAACCCACCAUGCCACCAGAUAUCAGCCAUGAUGAGUUUGAAUAUGUAGACGAUGUACAAACCUCAUGCAUGCCACGUUCACAGUUGCCUACAGUCCUGUCCUCUUAUGAGAAAACAAUAGACAUGCUGAAUGCCAAGAAAGAGAAAGGAUUGGCUUCACAAGCCAUGCAUGAACUUGGAAAUCUACAGUAUCAUGCUGGUAAUAUUAGAGGAGCAUAUAAAUACUGGUCUGAUUCACUUGACUUGGUAUUAAACACAAGUGAUGCUAUCCAUACAUGGAGGAGCUUACUAGACAGUUCAGAUGUCAGUGGAGACAUGCUACAGAGGUGUGGUCUAUGGGGAUGUAUGGUGGGCGGAGUACUGGCUUCUAAUAUAGCACAAUACAUACUGACUUCAGAUUUAGGAUUAAGGAUGGAAUGCUGUUUUCUAUCUGGCUAUUUCUUCAAGGCAUUGUUUAGAUCAUCUUUACCCCACCCCAGGGCUGAUAGAGAUUAUGCCUUGUAUGAUGUAGGAGAAGGUUGUGAAGUAACAAACUUAGUACCUGGAAUAGACCUUUUGUCAGAGAAGUUCAGAAGCGAUGGUAGACAACUUGCCGCUGCUUUGAGAUGGGUAACUGAAGAAUUAGCCAGAGGCAAUCAUAAUUUGUUUGUACUUCCACUUCUGACAUUAUACUCCUAUUUAGCAACAUUUGUAUCUCGUGACCUCCAGAGGUCAGUUGAUGGAAGGAUUUUGAAGGUCAGGGUACUGACAGAGUUAUGUUUGUUUAAUGAAGCAUUUAUUGUUAUGCAAAGACUGUUACAUGGAGAAAGGCUACCACAUAUUGGAGACAGUAAUUUCAGACAGGUGGAAUCAAAAAUGAGCUCUCUGAAGUAUAACACUAGUAAACCUAUCACAGAACCUAAUAACCUAAAGCUGCUUGAGAUGGUAUUAGAUAAAAGACUGUCUUCCAGUUUGGCUACUCUUUACGGUCCACACAUGACAUGCCAUCUAUCUUUGGCCCAGGCCAACUUGUUCAUCAAACUUGCAGAGACACUCCAUGUUAUUCCACUGAUAGAAGAUACAUUGAUAACUGAUAGUGGUGCUAAACCCUAUACAAUGAGUACCAUGUCAAAAGGUGGAUUGGGUAGUAGAGGAGUUAAACUCUCCACAAGCAGUGCUCAGUCUAGAGCUACCUCUAAAUCAGGGAAGUCCAAUGACCCAAAGAAAGAAGAUGAAGAGGAAGCUGACAGUGUCCAACACAAGCAUGCUAACAAGAGAUUUACAGCCAGUAAGAAGCCAUUGACACAGGAAAUGAUCAAGGGGACACUACUGGCUAUAGCUGAUCAGAUGGUAGGAACCAUUGCUGAGGUGAUACAGGAAAAUGCUGAACAUGACAAACAUGGUCUUGAAGGUUUGCCUGCUGCUGAGAUGGAAUUAGUUGUUUUAUGUAAACUUCAACAAGCUGCCAUAGCUUGUCAGAAACACCAUUCUGCAAUGGCUGCCAGAAUUGUCAUGUCGGCUCUCAAGUUACUGAAGUCAUCAAGAUUGUUCAAAAAGAGGAAAGAAGUUAUUGCCCAACCAAGGAUUGUAAGCGCAAGUAGCCAAGAGAGGCCAUCAUCAUUAAAGAGUGAUGGGACAAGCAGGAGGAGACAUAUGUAUAAGGAUGUACCAGUAUCUAAUCCUGAAAACAGUCUAUUCCAGUACCAGAACUUCCAAAGCAGAGCUAGGCUUGAUGCUAGACUCUGGCUCAACUGUAGACAAGCUCUGGUCAAAUGUCUUCUCAUAGAGGUUAGAGGUCUUGGAGAGGUCAAAGAUCCAGAAACUAAAGUUCUCCAAGAGUUAGCAGACUGUCGUCAGUAUUGUAUAGAAGGAUUAGGGGAAGCUGAAGCUUGUGGAGAUUUAGAGGUUCAGGCUGAUUUUCUGUACCAGGGGGCACUGCUUAACAUCAUGGAAGGAAAGAGUCAAGAAACUACAAUAUCUUUGAUUGAGGAUGCUAUUAUGUUGCUGAACAAAGUUCCAAAAUUGUCAAUCCCAACACAACAACAGCUAGUUACAUGUAUGGUCCUGAAGACUGACUUACAGGCGGCUGAGAGAGACAAUGAUAGUGUGCUGUUUACUGAGAAAACAUUAGUUCAAUACCUCAGUGCUCAACAGCUUAUUCUAAAACAGAUGGAGACAUUAGGAGAAGAGAUACAGCACUAUUACCCUGAAGGAGAGAAAUCAUUCUAUUCAACACCUAUAAGUCCAAUGAAGAACAUUUAUAUUUCACAUAUGUUACGUUUAGCUCAGGUCAAAUUACGUGUUGGACAUGCCAUGGCUCGUAAUGCUGCUAAAUAUAUCAGGAAUGGAACUGACAAAGAUCCUGUUGUAUUAUGGACAGAAGUUUUAGGGGUAUUAACAACAGCUUUAGAGCUAUCUCAAGCUAGUGUAUCCAGAGAGGCCAAUCUAGAGGCUGAAAUAUUAUUCAACUUAGGAAAAGUAGAGAGAAUGUUGGUGUUGCAUGGUAAAGUACAACCAAGGAAGGCUGCUGAUACUCUGUUACAGGCUAUCAAGACAUCCUUCAGGAAUGACCAUGAUCUAGGGUUAAUGAGACAAGCCUAUUUAGAAAUUGCCCUAGUGUAUUUGUUUGCUGUUGGACUAGUGAUUCUAAAGCCUAACGGGUCACUGGAAAUUAUACAAGAUGGAAUGGAUGAAACAGCCAGUGUAAGACCAGGGACAAUGGACUCUGUCAAAAGUAAAGCCACCAGUACUAAAUCCUAUAAGAGCAAGAAGGACCGUUUGAGCAGCAGGGCAAAGUCUGGUAAAAGUGAAGAUAUGGACGAUUCUGAGAAACAUCGUAGAGCAGCCUAUGUGGCUAUCAGGUGUGCCACAGCAGUGGCUCAGGCUCAGAGAAGUAGAAUGUUAUUGAUUGGUGACACAGUUGUAACAUCACAGCCACUAUCAGAAACAGCUCAGGAUGAAAUACCAGACUUUUUAUCUCUUGACCUUGUCAGUGUCUAUACCCUGGGCAAGAAGAAGAAAAAGUAUAAAAAUGAAAUAGAAGAAGAGUUGGCUCCCCUUAUAGAGGCUCAGGAAACAAAGAAAGUAGAGACAUAUGAAGAACAAGUAUCUAGAACAAAGGAUACUGCAAAGGAGUUGGGAUGGAUACAUAUAUUAGGUUAUCAGACUAUUCUACAGAGAAUGUGCUUCACUGCUACUGUGUCGGCUUCUAGUACCAAGAAAAACAAGCAAGAGGAUAUGGCAGAAGAGUUGGGUGACCUUGGACCAGGAUUUGACCUUGGGUUCAUCAGUCAUGCUCAGUACGACACAUCAUUGAACCAUGAUGUUGUCAGAUCAAUGUUGCUGUGUGGAUCAUGGAUUGGUAGAUUGAACAGACUACAUACAUACUUAGCUAGUAAUCUGUCAGUUUAUAGCGCCACCUGUUGUGGGAUUUAUCCGCCUUCAAUGCUGACCUUACCUAUACCAGCAUUACCGAAAAUGGACUUAGAAGUCAUUUGUAGGUCGUAUUCUCAAAACCAGACCAACCCAGGAGAUAUGGAUCCAUCCAUUCCACUGUCAAUCACUGCUGAUCCAGGCAAGCCCCUCCCACCUCCUGGUUCUAACAUGGAACCAUACAUGCCAAGUGACAGACCUGUGACAUCACCCACUGAACCACAGGUGGCACUGCAGUUUUAUCAACCAUCUCUUGAAGAGAAUGACCCAAUGAAUCCUGAUGCUAAAGGACCUGACUCCAGGGUGUUGUUGCUGUAUGCCCUUUUUAAGAAAACAACACAGCCUACUGUACAAGGAUUACAAUGGAUUUCUAUGGCACAACUCAAUGAUCUCCAUGACAGGCUUGCAGUAUUGGGUCAGAGAGGAGAAAUUUCCCUUCAAGAGAAACAGAAGAAGGAACCAGUUGCUCCAUCACCAACGCCCUCUACCAAGGCCAAGAAAACACAGAGGAUAAAGGCAUUGUCUCCUAAAGUACAGAGAGAUGAACAAUUAGAGACUUUAUUGAUGCAGUGUAUCACAGAUGUGAUGUCACUACUUGGAAUGGUAUCAGAACCAGAGCCUAGUAAUUUACCUAUUGAUCUACCACCCAAAACUGCACCAGAGUUUUACCCACAUACUCCUAUAAAAUCAAGAACAAGGUCGAGCUUAAUGUCAAAACGCUCAAGGUCAGACAUUACCUCUGCUCGGAUGGUAAAACAAUCCGACAUAACAAAACAGAUUCCAUUUGAGGUUAGUAAGACAAACAUCAGAUGUUUGGAAAACUUAUUUGACCCAAGCUUUGGUGCAUUGAUAUGCGGAGGUGAAAUGGUCAAAUGGCUGCUGAAAAUAGUGCACACAUCUGAUACAUCACUGAGUAAAGAGUCCACUAAAGAUACAGCAGCAUCUUCACCAACGAAAGAACCAACCAAGGAGUCUCUCAGAGAGAGUAUUGCAACAAAUUAAAACAAUAAAGAGACAUUUGAUACUUCUACUGCCACAUAUUGUUAAAAAAAAUUCUAACAAAUAUCAUCCUUUAUGACAGUUGUUUUUGGAUUAAAACAUUUUUUUGGCAGAAUAUGAGUGAUUAAUUUCAUGCUACAAAAAGACAAUUUCAUUGUUGCCACUGAGUUAUUUUUUAAUUGAGAUUUUUUUUUGCAUUUUUUUUUCUAAACAAGUCCGUCAUAAGAAUGCAUUAAUUUGAAAAGAUAAAAACUUCUGAAUGUUUAACUCUAAUCAAGAUUUUGAAAUGUAACAAAUUUGAUGAACUAAUGCAUAUUUAAAGCCUGUUUGAGGGCAGGUCUGCAUUAAUUUUUAAUGAACAUUAAUGUUUUAAACAAUGACCUAUCCAUCUUUAUCAUACGAAAUAUCCUAAAUAAUAUAGAAAGGAAAACAUAAAGAAAAUUAUAAUUAGAAGAAAAGGUCUCAUUUGUAUAAGAAAAAAAAACACCAUUAGCAGUUAAUAGAUGCAAAAUGAAUACCACACCAAUUCAUUUACGUUUUAUUUCAUAAAUAUCUGGCUUAUUUUAAACAAAUGAUAAAGGGGUAAAAUGUUGUUGUACACUUAUUCUAUUCCGUCCUCUC